UUAGCUCUCGGUUCCCGCGGCGGCUAUGCGGCUCCUGUCCGCAGCCGGGCCCCGGCCGGGCCGUCCCCGCCGCCCGUCUGCGGUGUUGAUGCUGCCGCUGCUGCUGCUCCUGCUGCUGGGCGGCUGCGUGGGGCUCGUGGGGGCGGCACGCAGGCCCAACGUGCUGCUGCUGCUCACGGACGACCAGGACGUGGAGCUCGGCGGCAUGACGCCGCUGAAGAAGACCAAGGCCCUCAUCGGGGAGAAGGGGAUGACUUUCUCCAGUGCUUAUGUGCCAAGCGCUCUUUGCUGCCCCAGCAGAGCCAGCAUCCUGACUGGAAAGUACCCACACAACCAUCACGUCGUUAACAACACCUUGGAGGGGAACUGCAGUAGCAAGUCCUGGCAGAAGAUCCAGGAGCCGAGCACCUUCCCAGCAAUCCUAAAAUCAAUGUGCGGUUACCAAACCUUUUUUGCUGGGAAGUAUUUAAAUGAGUACGGAGCCCCAGAUGCAGGUGGGCUGGAGCACGUUCCUCUGGGCUGGAAUUACUGGUAUGCCUUGGAAAAGAAUUCUAAAUACUAUAACUACACCCUUUCUGUCAACGGGAAGGCGAGGAGGCAUGGUGAGAGCUACAGUGUGGACUACCUGACGGAUGUUCUGGCCAAUCUCUCCCUGGACUUCCUGGACUACAAGUCCAACUCUGAGCCAUUCUUCAUGAUGAUCUCCACUCCAGCACCCCACUCACCUUGGACAGCCGCACCGCAGUACCAGAAGGCGUUCCCGAACGUCAUGGCACCGAGGGGCAAGAGCUUCAACAUCCACGGCACGAACAAGCACUGGUUAAUUAGGCAAGCCAAGACGCCAAUGACGAACUCUUCAAUACAGUUCUUGGAUGACGCAUUCCGAAGGAGGUGGCAAACUCUGCUCUCAGUUGAUGAUCUUGUGGAGAAACUGGUGAAGAGAUUGGACUUCACUGGUGAGCUGGACAACACGUACAUCUUCUAUACCUCAGACAACGGUUACCACACAGGACAGUUCUCUCUGCCAAUAGACAAAAGACAACUGUAUGAGUUCGAUAUCAAAGUUCCACUGUUGGUUCGAGGGCCUGGGAUCAAACCAAACCAGACAAGCAAGAUGCUUGUGUCCAAUAUUGACUUGGGCCCCACGAUCCUGGACCUUGCUGGCUAUGACCUGAAUAGGACCCAGAUGGACGGGAUGUCCCUGCUGCCCAUUCUGAAAGGGGCCAGUAACCUAACCUGGAGGUCAGACGUCCUGGUGGAAUAUCAAGGAGAAGGCCGCAACGUCACUGACCCGACCUGCCCUUCCCUGAGUCCUGGAGUGUCUCAAUGUUUCCCAGACUGUGUGUGUGAGGAUGCCUACAACAAUACCUAUGCUUGCGUGAGGACGCUGUCGUCUCUGUGGAACCUACAGUACUGCGAGUUUGAUGACCAGGAGGUAUUCGUAGAAGUCUAUAAUAUAACUGCAGACCCAGACCAAAUCACCAACAUUGCUAAGAGUAUAGACCCUGAGCUUUUGGGAAAGAUGAACUAUCGUUUGAUGAUGCUCCAGUCCUGUUCCGGACCAACCUGUCGCACUCCAGGGGCUUUUGACCCUGGAUACAGGUCUGACCUACGUCUCAUGUUCAGCAGUCACGGCAGCGUCAGAACGAGAAGGUUCUCCAAGCACCCUCUGUAGCACCGUGUACAGUUUCUGCAAUUGGAUCCUUGCACACCCUUCUCUCAUGAGCCCGUGCCUGGGAGAGCUCUGGCCCGGCUGUUUCAAGUCUUGUUUGAAAAAGAACCCACUCAACUGACUUCCAGUACUGUGAAUCUGCUCCCCGGGUCAGAAGUGGCUGACCCCGUCUCUCUCUCUCCCCUCCGAUGACAACCAGCACUCCUGAGGUCCUCAUCCUCACCAUGUCCCUUCAUAUUGGGUGGGCACGGUGUGUGAUGAUCCCCACGUGGUAAAGUCUGAAUUUGUAAAACUGUCCAGAUAAAUGGCAGUACUUGAGGGCAGAAAGAUAAAGCCUUUUGGUAUGUAGUCAGCCCCCAAAUCUAAAGCCCUCUAUAGCUUUUCAGACUGGGCCUCUCGCUGUCAGAAACCACACAGUCCUGAAAAGAGCUAUUGUUUGUGGAGCUGUAGAGAAACGAUGUUUAUAACCUCAUCGUGGUGUGGUAGAUGUGCAGCUUGUCACCCAUCCUCUGCUCCAGUUCCCUGGACUCCCGAGGUGCUGCCCUGCUGAUCCAUCUGCAGGCUGUGGUAUUGGCUCUCGGAGCCAUCAGCUUUUUGGUGGCUCAAACCACUGAAGCACUCAGCAGCACUGUGGAGAGGGAAGCACCAAGGGGCCUCGGUGAGGAGCAGAUCAGGCUCCUGGACCAGCAGGUGAGGCGCAGCACUUGCAAGUGCCUGUCUGGAGGGAUCUCAAGUGUCAGUGCCACAGACAAAGUCCUCUUAACCGGCUGCAGUUAGCUGUCAUUCUCAUCUGAAUA